AUGUCGUUACGCCAACGCAUUCCGUUCCGUGCAGAUGAAGACACAGAAGAUCGGGUCGUACUUGACGAGGUCGAACAGGACGAGGUCAUCGACACGUUGCACAAAGAAAACACGCGAUCGACCGCCAAUGCUCUGCUGAUCGUGGACACGGUCCUCUCCCUGGCCUCGAUUCUCCAGCUAUCCUUUCUCUUCAAUGGAAAUCCACUGCUCGCACUGUUCCCUCCAUCGACCAUGUCCAACCUGGGACGAUAUACAAUACCUUACCCUGCUGUCUUUGUGCUUUUUGCGCUAGUACUGCAUGCCAACCUCGCAUUGCACCUCCACCCGGCGUUGAUCCGAGUCCUGCUGCCAUCCUACUCCAAUUCGACACCUCUCCCAGUUGCGAUUCCCUUGUCGUAUCCGCUGACGUUCUCACUGGCUGCGGUUCCACCAACAUUCUGUCUGUUUCUUCACCACGCGUGGCAGGCGAAUGCAUGGGCAGCCUCUCCCUUCAUUGUGGUGACCCUGAUUCAUUCUGUGCACGAGACACUCUCAGAAGGAAGCGAAGCGCUCGCUGAAUUGGAGUCGCUGAGAUAUCGGGCCCCUGGUCCAUAA